GUUUCUUACCAGUAUUGUUUACUGAGGACACUUCAAAGCGCAUAAAAGGAAACUCAAAAUGGCAGACAAUAUGACAGGAAUAACCAAUGGCAGCAAAUCAUCAGAUACUGUCCCUCCAAAGCGUUUCAUGCUCGAUGUGAUAAUCAUUCAGGUGCUGGUGGGCAUCUUCUUAUACAUCAACGGCCUCAUGAUCUUCACCUUCUUCAUGAAGGAGGCCUUUCGCACUGAUACCCGCUAUAUCCUUUUUGCCCACAUGCUCUUUGUGGAUUCCUCGGUGAUGGUGACGACAAACCUGGCUGUGCUGUUUAUGCACUAUGGUGUGGUGAUCCCCUUUGAGGUCUGUAUAGUGCUCAACCUGAUGAUGACCUGGUUGGAUUUCUGCACGCCUCUGACCUUGGUGGCCAUGUGCCUGGAGCGCUAUGUGGCUGUGUGUAAGCCCCUAAGGCACGCUGCCAUCUCCACGCCGAGGAUUAGAGUGGUGGGCCUGCUCCUCAUUUGGGGGCUGGGCUGUGUACCUGCCCUCGUCAUCAUCUUUUCUUGCACAGCCUCAGUCUCAGUUAAGCAGCUCAGCAUGAGAGUCUUGUGCUCCAUGGAUGCACUGAUUGUGAUUGAGUGGCAGAAGUACCUCCAAAUUGCUGUGUUCAAAUUCUAUUUCUUGCUCAUGUCCAUGGUCAUCGCCUUCACAUACGUCAAGGUGGCUGCAGCUGCCCGGUCUGCCUCUGGUGACAACAGCAAGUCAAGCGCCAAAGGAAACACCAGUGAGAUGAGCUCCUGCUAAAGCUUUUCGAACAACAACAACAACAACUCCGUUCUCAAAACUACUGGAAUCUCACCUAUCAGCUCUCGGUUUAAUAAUUAUGGACAGCAGGGCCAGUCCAGGACUUUUAUACCUAACUCAGGAGCUACUUAUUAGCGCUAAUUUUCAUCAUUUGUUUCUGCAGCCUUAAAGUGAUUAUAAAAAUUUACAUCAGGGCUUUGUGUUACCCACUGUACUGUACCAUAUCACAAUUGAUUCAUAUGUUAUUUCAGCACCCCCUUGUGGUGUUGAUUGAACACUGCAGGAGAUCAAAAUACAGAUGUUCAAUCAUUAGAUGGUGCUGUUUUCGGGCUGCUGACAUACGCACAUCUCCACAGAGUUAAUUUUCGUUUUUUAAAUUUCAGUGACAUCAUUGGUGUGCUUAUAUUCCCAAGUCACACCUGACAAGUAAGGAUCCCUUGUUAUUAAUGUCCGUGUAUAAAGGUUUGUCCAGGAUACCUUUUUUUAAUACACCCAGGUGCCAUUUAUUUUGAAAUUAGGCUCAAAUGUAGAAAAUGUUCUAGCAGAAGUCUUGGACAAUCUCUGAAUUACAUAGUAAUCUGACUUCUUCUGAAGCUGUGAGAAAUUGUUCAUCUGCAUUUGCUGCAUUGGUACUUGUUGAUGUGCGUGUGCCCUGC